AUGUUUGAGGCAGACGUAAAGGAUCCAACACGGGCGGAGGACGAGGAGGAGGAGGAAGAGGAAGAGGAGGGAGGGGUACGGCAUGGGACAAUGAGGGAAGAUGCUGGGAACCCGAUGAAAGCGGAGGCGGAGAAGAACUCCGCCCAGUCUACCUGCUGCCCGUGGGGGUGGCAUCGGAAGCACCGCAAGCCGCCCUCCAACCCUCCCGGUUGGUCAGAGGGGAAGAGCACGGCCUACGACGUCGCUCAACGCCCUAACAGAGUUGUCGUCAUCAACGCAGAGCAGGAAACCGAAUUUGCGUCUAACAUGGUACGCACGGCCAAGUACGAGUACUACGACUUCCUUCCAAGGUUCCUCUGGGAGGAGUUCAACCCCGCCUCCAAGAUAGCCAACGUCUACUUUCUUUUCAUCGCCGCGCUGCAGGUAAUACCGUCGAUCACCAACACCUUCGGUAUUCCUCUCAUGUUGCUACCUCUCUUCUUCGUCGUCUGCGUGGACGCCAUCUUCAUGAUUGAAGUGGGAGAUCUGAUCGUGAUCAACAACCGGGAGCCCAUCCCCUGCGAUGUGCUCAUCAUGGGGGUGGACGAGCCAAUCUCGCAGUCACCGGCUGGCGUGGCGUACGUCGAGACCAAGUCUCUGGAUGGGGAGACUAACCUCAAGAUUCGACAGGUGUUACAUGGGAGGGUGGUGAAGGGUGUGGUAGGAAAGCUGCUAACCCCUGAGGACUGCGCCAAGCUGUCCGGCCGCGUGGUCAUGGAACACCCGGACAAGCUCAUCAACAAUUUCAAGGGCAAGCUUAUGCUCCAGUGGCGCAACAAGAAGCGCCGCGGCAAGACCAACAGCAUCCCGUCAUCCAACGCCGACCUAGGCAGGCCCGCUGGUUACAACACCGAGCAGCAGCAGACCGCCACCGAUAACGGCGGUCGCGAAGGCGACAACGGAGGUCACGGGGAAGAAGCGGGAGCAGAGCAGGCAGUGCAGGUGGAAGACGGGGCGGACCAGGAGGGGGUGGAGGGGGUGGAGGGGGUGGAAGGGGCUUUCGCGUCCGAGCCGAUCUCGGCGGACAUGCUGCUGCUCAGGGGCUGCGUGCUGAGGAACACGCGAUGGGUGCUGGGGCUCGUGCUGAACACGGGGCCGGACACCAAGAUCAUGAUGAGCAUGUCGAAGGCCCCCUCAAAGGCGAGCCACCUGUCCAGCCGCAUCAACGAGGAGAUCAAGAGGGUGGCGGCCGUAAUGGGCAGUAUCUGCAUCCUCGGCGCGAUGCUGACGACCCUCUGGAACGCUCAGUACCAGACCUCGAAGCCAUACCUGCGGUUCGAAAGCGCGAGCGACAGCCUCGCGGGCAUGUUCUUCACCCAGUUCCUCUACAACGCCCUCCUGCUCAACUCCUUCAUCCCAAUCUCGCUAUACGUCUCCAUGAACUUCGUCCGGUUCCUGCAAAGCUGGUUUAUGAACCAGGAUCUCGACAUGUACCACGCCGAUUCCGACACACCGGCCAGGGUGCGGACCAUGAAUCUAAAUGAAGACCUUGGACAGGGAAUCACUGAGGUCGGGCGCGCCGCGAUGUUGGUGGAAGGCAAGAAGGUUCCCGCGGACGUACUGUUGGCCGAAGAAAAGGCCAAGGAUCACGCGGUGCCGCAUGUAAACUUCUACGACCCGUCUGUCUACCAGGUGCAGGAUCUACAGGGAAAGGGGGAACGGGGGCAGGACCAGGCCCGCAAGAUCAAGGACUUCUUCACGGCACUAGCUCUAUGCCACACGGUAAUUCCGGAGAGGUUCGAAGACACUGACGAGGUGAUGCUGUCUGCCUCCAGCCCCGACGACGAGGCGCUGGUGCUCGGUGCCAAGUACUUCGGAUUCGAAUUCGUCAAUCGCAUCGACAGCAGCGCCAUCCUCCACACCUGGGAUUUUUCCACACCACCUUCGCUACCCACAUCCUCCAGAAAUGGCCGCAGCGAAGGCGGCAGCAUCGGACCCUCCGCGAGCGGGAGCAGCGGCCACGGCGGCAGCAACGGCGGCAGCCACGGCAGCCGACGAAGCGGCAGCGGCGACAGCAGCACCCGGAAUGGUAGGAACGGGUCGACGGCCACGACGGCCUCCGCGGCGGAGCAGCUUCUGGUGCAGGUGGAUCCCAAGUCAGUUGCUGUCAACAGCUCGUUUCGCGAGGAAGAGGGAGGAGGAGAGGGAGAAAAUGCUCCGGGGGUGACAGGAAAGCAGAGAGCAUUGGGGGUAGGAGGACUAGUGGAAGGUGUAGCUGGGGGAGACCACAACGAAGGCAAGCCCCAAGUCACCCGGGUGUCCUACGAGGUGCUUCACGUGCUGGGUUUCACGAGCGAUCGCAAACGCAUGAGUGUUAUCGUACGGACCGAAGACGGCACCAUCAAGAUAAUCUGCAAGGGGGCCGACACCACCAUGCUGACUAGGCUGCGCACCGACUUGCCAGGGGCUAAAAAGGCGGAGCUUGACCCUGUGUCCUUUGCGAAGUGGGAGGAAAGCUACCAGAAGGUUUCGAACGAUCUGGUUGAAAUGGACAAGAGGAACAUGGGAGAGCCGAACCGCAUCGAAGACUGCAUGGAACUCAUCGAGGCCAACCUUGAGGACGGCAAAUACGAACAGAGAUACUUGAACUCAUCAACCAACGAGAGGGCUGACUGCCAGAACAGUACCAGGGGGGAGGGGAGCUCCAUGCGUUCGAGUCCAACAUCGUACAGGUCGGUGGUAUUCGCGUCUCAAGUUUCGAGGGAACCGUUCAUCACAUCCGCGCGUCCCCCGUUCCUGUCACCCCAGAUUCUCGGAUCGAGCGCGAUCGAAGACAAGCUUCAGGCAGGGGUUGCUGGCGCCGUUUCCGACCUCAUGGCCGCAGGGAUCAAGAUUUGGGUCUUGACGGGGGACAAGGAGGAGACAGCCAUCAACAUUGCGGUGGCGUGCCAGCUGCUGUGGACUGAGGCGAGGAUGCACCGCACUGUCAUCAAGCUGAAGGGAACGGGGAAAUCGGAGACGGAAGAGAUUAAGGAGGCUCUGGAAGACUGUGCUGACUUCUUGUCGAUGUACAUUGAGGAAAGGAGUCGGUUCGAGGCAGACGAUACUGGCAAGGUCGCGCCGCCACUCCCUCGUGGGCUGAUCAUCGAUGGACCUGCCCUCCUCGAGGCGAUGCAGACACCCGAUUCCCAGGGGGCGUUAUUGCGGGCGGCUCAGGUGCAAAGCCCUCCUCAACACGAACACAGCGUUGAACCACCACCAACAACUGCAACGGCAAAGAAUUUGAUCCCGUACCUACUGUUCGCAACCAUGUCUACGCAUCGGAAGAUAGCCGUACAGUUCUAUCAAGUGGGUCGUUUUUUUGGGGUGGUUUGA